AGGUACAACCAUAACAAAUGGGAAAAGGAAAUAGAAGACUUUAGAAGUAUAAAAAGAAAAGUAGCUAGCAGCAACACAAAAACCUCUUCCUCGUUUCUCUUUCUUUCACUCUUCUCGAGCACUCAGUUGCGUGCUCGCCGGAACCCUUUUAUCUCUGUAGAAUCCCCUUCAACAUGGAUAUUGAGGAGGACAUCCGUUCUUUACAGCUUGACUCGGCAGAAGACAAUAAUGGGGUGGUAAAUGCAGAGGAUGGAAAGCCAGAAGUUGAGAAAUCUGAUAAGAUGGAUGAAGAUCCGAAGCGGGAUGUUCAGGCACCGGUUGUUGAGGCUGAGCCAAAAGGGAAAUAUAAGGAAAUUCCUUCUGUUCAAGAUGAAGAUGAGUUGGAGAUGAAGAAAAGACACUUAAAUGUUGUAUUUAUUGGCCACGUUGAUGCUGGUAAGUCUACAACUGGAGGCCAAAUACUUUUCCUCAGUGGUCAAGUUGAUGACCGGACUAUCCAAAAAUACGAGAAAGAGGCUAAGGACAAAAGUCGAGACAGCUGGUAUAUGGCUUAUAUAAUGGACACAAAUGAGGAGGAGAGGGUAAAGGGAAAAACAGUUGAAGUCGGUAGAGCACACUUUGAGACAGAAACAACAAGGUUUACCAUUUUGGAUGCACCUGGUCACAAAAGCUAUGUUCCUAACAUGAUUAGUGGUGCAUCUCAAGCUGAUAUUGGAGUGUUGGUUAUUUCUGCUCGGAAGGGAGAGUUUGAAACUGGAUAUGAGAGAGGUGGACAAACUCGUGAACAUGUCCAACUUGCAAAAACGCUGGGUGUGGCCAAGUUGCUUGUUGUUGUCAAUAAAAUGGAUGAUCCUACGGUGCAGUGGUCAAAAGAAAGGUAUGAUGAAAUCGAGUCAAAGAUGGUUCCAUUUCUAAAGCAAUCAAGAUACAAUGUAAAGAAAGAUGUCUUGUUUUUGCCAAUAUCUGGGUUGAUUGGUACAAACAUAAAAACAAAAGUGGAUAAAAGCACUUGUCCAUGGUGGAGUGGGCCUUGCUUAUUCGAGGCCCUUGAUACUGUUGAAGUUCCUCCACGAGAUCCCAAAGGUCCUUUUAGGAUGCCUAUUAUUGACAGAUUCAAAGACAUGGGAACAGUUGUUAUGGGCAAAGUUGAAUCUGGUACUGUUCGUGAGGGAGAUUCCAUGUGUGUCAUGCCAAAUAAGGAUCAAGUAAAAGUUGUUGCGGUAUUUAUCGAUGAAAAUAGGGUUAAACGUGCCGGACCUGGUGAAAAUUUACGGAUUAGAUUAUCUGGUGUUGAAGAAGAAGACAUAUUAUCUGGUUUCGUCUUGUCUAGUGUUGUUAAUCCAAUACCGGCAGUUACUGAGUUUGUUGCUCAGUUGAUUAUCCUUGAAUUGCUGGACAAUGCUAUUUUUACUGCUGGGUACAAGGCUGUUCUGCACAUCCACUCUGUGGUUGAGGAAUGUGAGAUUGUUGAACUCUUGCACGAAAUUGAUACAAAGACACAAAAACCUAUUAAAAAAAAGGUUCUCUUUGUGAAGAAUAAUGCAUCAGUAGUGUGUCGUGUUCAGGUUAAUAAUGCGAUUUGUAUUGAGAAGUUCUCUGAUUUCCCUCAACUUGGGAGGUUCACUCUUCGCACAGAAGGAAAAACUGUUGCUGUGGGAAAAGUCACCGGUCUCUAAGUUUGUGACAAUUUUGACUUGAGGACAUCUCCAAAGACAAAUUGAGUGGCAGCAUCGAGGCAGAAUUGACAGCAUCAAGUUUACCAUAUAUUCAUUUUGGUAUUAAAUAUUUAUUACUUGGAGGUAGUUUUCAGUGAAGAGUUAUUUUUGGCCGCUGGUGCUCAUGUAUGUACUCGGUAUUUUGCGGUUGGUCGCUUCCAACCGUGCUGCUACUUGAGAUAUAUAAUUGAAAUGGAUGGUUUGAAAUCAAUCCAAAUGAUUAGC